AUGGCACCAUAUGAAGCUUUGUUUGGGAGAAAAUAUCGAACUUCAAUUUGUUGGAUCGAGGUUGGGGAUAGGUCGUUUAUUGGGCCUGAAAUUGUGCAAGUUACUACGAAAAAGAUUCAGAUCAUCCAACAGAAAUUUAAAACUGCUCAAAGUCGACAAAAGAGCUAUGCGGAUCAAAGAACAAGAGACUUAGAAUUUGAAGUUGGGGAUCAUGUUUUUGUCAAAAUCACUCCAAUGAAAGGGAACACAAGGUUUGGGAAGAAAGGGAAAGUAUCACCCUGCUACCUUCGGGACCCUUCCCAUGUUAUUGAUUAUCAUCAAAUUGUGCUAGAUGACAAUGUGGUUUAUGAGGAGAAACUCCUUCGAAUCAUUGAUCGGCAAGUCCAAGAACUAAAGAACAAGACUAUCCCAAUGGUAAAAGUGGAACGGAGGGAACAUCAUGAAGCGAAGCCACUUGGGAACAAGAAGAAAAAAUGA